UGGGUUUGCGGCACUCUGUAUCUUUGGUUUUUAAUGCGUUGAAACUUGACCCAGAUUAAAGAUAGAUGCCCAGUGUUGAAUGAGAGAUGAAAUAAAUGCUUCGGCACAUAUUGUUCCAUGAUGCCAUCACAACAGCAAAAAGCCUCUUGCCCUGAAACCCACAGAAAAAGCUGAAAACUCUGCAACCAUGCCAAAGGGAGAACAGGUGGACCUGCAGCGCACGCUGGCAUUCGUCAGUUUCUUCUACUUCGCCUACUCAGCCGGCAAAGCAUGCCUCUUCCCGUUCCUGACGCUGUAUUUCCGUCAGCUUGGACUGAGCGCUACCCAGACCGGAGUCAUCUUCGGCCUGAAGGCGUUUGUCGCCCUCUGGGCCGCGCCACUCUGGAGCAGCUGUGCCACGCAGCAUGGAAGACAGCGCAUCGUCUUGAUGGUGGCCAUCUUCAUGACAAUCGCUUCAAAUCUGGGCCUGACACUUUUGCCACCGGCUGAUAAUGACUUGUAUCUUGCAUUUUGUCACCCUGGAAAUAGAUCCGUCACAGACAAUGAGGGACUGUCGAACAAGUCUGCAGUUGACAAAGAUAAUAACUUUGGGAGUGCAACACCGUUAGUACUGACGUCACUUACGCUGAGUACGCCUUCAAGCAAUAAGCCAACAGUCAACUCCAUCCACAUCCCAACCACGCAUCAUGUGGUCACGAAACCAUAUCCAGACACUACCACCGAGACAAGGCACCAGUCUUCCAGGCCAAACAAACAACACUUCAAACCUUCUAAGAAACCCCGACCAAACUCCAACCAUGGACAGAUGCCUAACUCACACCCGCAACACUCGAGACCAAAUAUGCACAAAAUUAGCAAAACUCCUAAGCCAACAUCAAAACCCAUCAAUUUUAUACCCAUUUCCGACUCCCAGGAUGCAGUGGAACCCACAGAGGACGAUUGGUAUGAAAAUUCUGAGCAAGACAAUGAAGCGUUCCCAGAAAAUUUAUACCAUAAUGAAGUGUCCAAACCUGAGUGGACUGACAGUACACGUUUCCCAAAUCUUUGGAAACCACAAGUAGAAAAGAAAGGAUCUCAAGUAACAGAAACCAACAAUCACAGCAGAACAUCGGCCAACAAUGGAAUGAGAAAUACAGGAGGCCUGAAAUGGAAAAAUAUCCGUGGACAGGAAUUCCCAAGCAAGGAAAACAGUGAGGCUAAGGCACAGCAAAGGAUCCCCGCAUCAACACCUGACCUUAAGAAUUAUGGCCUACCAGUUGGCCAUGACAAGAGCUACUAUGCCAAUAGAGUCAAGCGUUCAUUGCCAGAUGAACCAGAUCCGAUCUCCCAAAAAGAUCAGUUGCCCAGAUCCUUGGGGUCAGCUCAAGAGACCCUGAGUCAAACUGUCAGCCAUUUCUUGGAGUCUCAGACUAUGGUUUUCGUCAUCGCUCUCCUCGUUGUGGUUAUUGGAGAGAGCAUUGCCUGCCCCGUGGACAAAAUCUGCGACAGCUCUUUGAACGAGACUUUGGAUUCCGUCGACGAACUGGACAAGUACAAACGUCACCACGUGCCAAGUAUCGUUGGCUUCGGCCUCUUUGCUGUUAUCGUCACAGUCAUUGUAGACAACACAAACUGUCAGAUUUUCCUGAAGACGAGCCACUUUAUGGUCCACUUCUACCUGUUUGCAGCUCUUCUGGGCCUCACAUUCUUGCUUGCGUUCUUCUACCCUAUCCCAGCUCCUAAAAAAACAAACCGCAAGCUCCGAUUCUGCAAGGGACUCAAACUCCUCCUCAGCGAUCCGCACAACGCCGCAGUCACCCUAACGAUGGUCAUCACGGGAGCGCUAACAUCCAACAUCCACAAUUUCCUCUUCUGGCGCGUCCAAGAUCUGGGUGGGUCCGAAAUCGCCAUGGGGGUCGCAGUGCUCGUUGCCGUCUUCUCACACAUUCCCAUGCUGUUUGUGACCAACUGGCUGAACCGGAAAAUCACCCAAUCGGGCACCUUGGUGGUAGCGUUGCUCUGCCUUGCCGCACGCCUGCUGUACUUCACGUUCCUCUGGACUCCCUGGGCAGUGGUCCCCAUUGAGGUACUGUGCGCGUUCAGUCAGCAAGCGCUGUGGGAGACCGUGACUUCGUACAGCGAGCAGAUAUCCCCACCAGCCAUGGACAGAUCAGUCAAAGCCAUCCUGAACUCCCUCUACCACGGAGUGGGUUUUGCCGUCGGUAGCGUUGUGGGCGGACUCCUCUACGACCAGGCCGGGCUGCAGGUGCUGUUUGGCAUCUCGGCGGGCGUGGCCUUUCUGUGGGGCGUGGUCAUCGCCUUGAUGGGGCGGUUCGUCCCCAAGAAGAGGAAGCUGCACUAUUCGUCGUUGCUGCGCCGGGAAGACGACGAAGAGGAAGGAUAUCUGAGUGAUGAGGAUUCCGACGAAGUGUAUGGUAACGAUUGGCUUGUCAAAGCACUGAAAGAUGAUUUCUAAUCUAACGUAAGGCCCCCCAAAAAAAUAAGUCGGUCUCUGGUCAGCGCGCGCGUCGAUUUUAAUCAUGUGCGUCAAUCUUCUUUUUUUUCUAAAAUGUUCCGCGGUAGCUCCAACAGCGCCCUCUA